UCGUAGAAGUUUGAGAAGUUACAAUGGAAAUACCUCCGCCAGCGAGGCGAAAGAGACAAGAGUGUGUAAUCUGUUUUAAAAUAGUCCUUGAAAUGCGCUCAAACCUGCGCUUCUUUUUCCCGACACCCGGUGAGUGGUAAAGCUCACGCUGGGUAAUCUGUGGUAUUUUUACGGUGGUUAUGUUUCUUAGUUUGAGGAGUUCGUUCCUGACUAGACGGCACACAGACCACUCCUUUGCGGAAGCACACACACUACUCCGCUCAGACAGACGGGGGAACUUUUUCAGCGCUGCUGAGAAGUGCGCUUUCUUUAGGUGCUGAAACACGAUUUUUUUCGUUUUUGUAAACUUGGACUCGGCAUUUGCGGACUUCGGUAAAGUUACCUGUUGACCAGAGGAUUUAUAAAAGAAGGGUCGUUAUCUCUAUGACGAGGAUUUCAAAGAGGAGAUGGGGAUACCCAGGCGCGAUGUCGGGCAGAUUUUACUAAUUCUGAGCUGGGUCUGCGUCUCGGAGGCUCUGCAAUGUCGAGGAGUGAAGGAGCCCUGUAUCAAUGAUGGGAAAUGCAUUCCCUUCAACAACGGCACUGGAUACUGCAAGUGUGCUGCAGGUUACCUGGGGGAGUACUGCCAGCACAAGGAUACUUGCCUGCCUGAUACGUGCAGAAACAGGGGCAACUGCACAGCAAUGGUGUCAGGGGGCGUGGUCCGUACGGCCUGCACCUGCCCCCUGGGUUUCUCCGGGACCAUCUGUGAGACCCCCCAGCCCACAGCCUGCUACCCGCAUAACCCCUGCCACCACCAGGGCACCUGCCGUCUCCUGGCCCUGGACAGAUGGGAGUGUGUGUGUCCGCGUGGCUGGACAGGUAAGAGCUGCCAGCAUGUGGACUCCUGUGCCUCUCAGCCCUGCCAGCACGGAGGCAAUUGCUCCGCCCUGCCGAGGGAGCGCUUCACCUGCAGCUGCCUCCCCGGCUAUACCGGGCUUACCUGCCAGACGGACAUCGACGAGUGUGCAGCCAGGCCGGCAGUGUGCCAGAACAAUGGGCAGUGUGUGAACAUGCCAGGGAGCGCCCGCUGCGAAUGCCGGCCGGGCUUCAGCGGGAAGCACUGUGAGAGUGUCUAUGUGCCCUGCGCACCCUCCCCCUGCCUCAACGGGGGCACCUGCCGGCCCACCAGCGACGUCUCCUACGAGUGCAACUGCCUGCCAGGUUUCAAUGGGACGGACUGUGAAAGGAACAUUGAUGACUGCCCGCAGCACCGUUGCCAGAAUGGGGGGACCUGCGUGGACGGAGUGAACACCUACAACUGCCAGUGUCCCCCGGAGUGGACAGGUCAGUUCUGCACAGAGGAUGUGGACGAGUGCAGGCUGCAGCCCAACGCCUGUCAGAAUGGAGGGACCUGCAGCAACCGGCAAGGCAGCUACAGCUGUGUCUGCGUCAACGGCUGGAGUGGCGACGACUGCAGCAAGAACAUCGAUGACUGCGCCACUGCAGCCUGUGCAGCGGGGUCCACAUGCAUCGACCGCGUGGCAUCCUUCGUCUGCAACUGCCCCGUGGGCAAAACAGGUCUCCUGUGCCACGUGGCAGAUGCUUGUAUUAGCAACCCCUGCCAGGAGGAGUCGAUGUGUGACACCAACCCCCUAAACGGGCAGUACAUCUGCACCUGCCCCUCAGGGUUCAAAGGAGCCGCCUGCACAGAGGACAUCGAUGAAUGCACCAUGAACUCGAACCCGUGUGAGCACGGCGGGCGCUGUGUGAACACAGAUGGCUCAUUCCGCUGCGACUGUGCGCUCGGCUACACCGGGCCGCGCUGCGAGGCUGACGUCAAUGAGUGCAUCUCCAUGCCCUGUCAGAACGACGCCACCUGCCUGGACCAGAUCGGAGAGUUCACCUGCAUCUGUAUGCCAGGGUUCAUCGGGCUGCACUGUGAGGAGAACAUCGACGAGUGCCAGAGUAACCCGUGCCUGAACAGCGGCAGGUGCACCGACCAGAUCAACAGGUUCAUGUGUGACUGCCCGCCAGGCUUCAGUGGUGUGGUGUGCCAGGUGGACAUCGAUGAGUGUGCGAGCACGCCGUGCCACAACGGAGCCAAGUGCAUCGAUCGACCCAACGGCUACGAGUGUGACUGCGCAGAGGGGUUCACUGGCUUGCUGUGUGAGGGGAACAUCGAUGACUGUGAUCCGGAGCCCUGCCACCACGGGCACUGCCAGGAUGGCAUUGCCACCUACACGUGUGUGUGUGACCCGGGCUACGUGGGACCCAUCUGCAGUGAGCAGGUCAACGAGUGCCAGAGCAGCCCCUGCCAGAACGAGGGCCGCUGCAUCGACCUGGUCAACAAGUACCAGUGCAACUGCCUGCCAGGCACCUCCGGUGACAACUGUGAGAAUAACUUUGAUGAGUGUGCGAGCAGCCCCUGUGAAUAUGGGAUCUGCAAGGAUGGACUGAACCGAUACGACUGCGUCUGCACUCCGGGAUACACAGGCCCAAUGUGCAACAUCGACAUCAACGAGUGCGCCUCGAACCCGUGUCACAACGGCGGCACGUGCUUGAAUGAGCUCAACAGCUUCCGCUGCCUGUGUCCCGAGGGUUACCGGGACCCCAUCUGCUACUCCGAGGUGGACGAGUGCAUCAGCAGCCCCUGUGUCCAUGGCAGCUGCAUGGACGACGUCAAUGGGUACAGGUGUGAGUGUGAACCUGGCUGGGCAGGGAUGGACUGCGAGCUGGAUCGCAAUGAAUGUGAAUCGAACCCGUGUGUCAAUGGAGGAACCUGCACUGACCUCACCAACGGCUACAGCUGCACCUGCAGGAAGGGCUUCAAAGGGUCUAACUGUGAGAUUAAUAUCAACGAGUGCGCCUCGAACCCGUGCUUGUACCAGGGGACCUGCAUCGAUGGAGUCAGCAGCUACACCUGCCAUUGCUCACUGCCUUACACAGGUGUGAACUGUGAAAUCAUCCUUGCUCCCUGUGACCCCGAUCCCUGCACCAACUCUGGGAUCUGCCAGGCAUCUGCUGACUACUCGAGCUACUCCUGCCUGUGUGCCCCCGGCUGGCAAGGUCAGCGAUGUUCACAAGACAUCAACGAAUGUGUCACCAACCCCUGUAAGAAUGGCGCUGUGUGCCAGAACAGCCAGGGCAGCUACCUGUGCCAAUGCCGACCUGGGUACACCGGGACCAACUGCGAGACCAACAUCGAUGACUGCACGCCAAAUCCGUGCCAGAAUGGGGGCUCCUGUGUGGACGGCGUUAACUCGUUCUCGUGCUCCUGCCUGCCGGGGUUCCACGAGGCCCACUGCCAGACAGAGGUGAACGAGUGCGACAGCCACCCCUGUCUGAACGGAGCCACCUGCAACGACUAUGUGAACAGCUACGCCUGCCAGUGCGCCCCGGGCUUCAACGGCAUCCACUGUGAGACCAACAUCCUGGAGUGCACAGACAGCUCCUGUCUCAAUAAUGGCACCUGUGUGGACGGGAUCAACAUGUUCAGUUGCCGCUGCCGGCCAGGCUUCGUGGGCACGGUGUGCCAGUACGAGAUCAACGAGUGCGACUCCCAGCCCUGUCAGAACGGCGGCACCUGUAUGGACAGGCUGGGCACCUAUCGCUGCUCCUGCCCUGCGGGCUACAUUGGCAACAACUGCCAGACCUUGGUCAACCUGUGCGUCACGUCCUUGUGUAACAACGGGGGCACCUGUGUGCAGGUGGGGCAGUCCCUGCGGUGCGAGUGUCCCGGUGACUGGACUGGCAUGUACUGUGAUGUGCCCAUGGUCUCCUGCAGAGUGGCUGCUUUUCGCAAAUGUGUCAGCGUUGAUCAGGUGUGCCAACACUCUGGAACAUGCAUCAAUACGGGCAACACCCACCAGUGCCAGUGCCAGGCGGGCUACACCGGCAGCUACUGUGAGCUGGACGUGGACGAGUGCGCCUCGAACCCCUGCCGCCAUGCCGCUCGCUGCCAGGAUCUGCAGGGAGGCUACCUGUGCCAGUGCCUAGCUGGGUACCAGGGGGUGAGCUGUGAGUACGAAGUGGACGAGUGCCAGUCCCAGCCCUGCAGGAACGGAGGCACGUGCUUCGACCUGGUGAACCGAUUCAGCUGCUCCUGCCCUCCCGGGACACACGGGCUGCAGUGUGAGAUCAACAAUGAUGACUGUGCUCCAGAUGCCCAUCCCAGCGGGGGGCCACGCUGCUUCAAUGGAGGGCAGUGCAUCGAUGGCAUUGGGGGCUACACCUGCAGCUGCCCCCCUGGCUUUGCUGGCCAGCACUGUGAGGGCGAUGUCAACGAGUGUCUGUCCAGCCCCUGUGACCCCAAGGGCAGCCUUGACUGCGUCCAGAAAACCAACAACUACACAUGCAAGUGCCGGCACGGCUUCACAGGGCGUCACUGUGAGACUGUCGUGGACCUGUGCCAGCUGAACCCGUGUCAGAACAGUGGGGCGUGUUCUGUUGACCUCAACUCUCCACUUGGCUACGUCUGCCACUGCCGCUUGGGCUUUGUUGGGAAUAACUGUGAGUAUAACCGAUGUGGGCAGAUCCGCUGCCAGAACAAGCAGGUUUGUGUGGAGACCUCGUCAGGUCCACUGUGCCGCUGCCCGGAGGGACCCGAGGGAGCUCGAUGUGAGAAUGUGGGCUGUGCCAACCGACCCUGCAGGAACGGAGCCACCUGCCUAGCCCAGCCCCAGCCGCCCUACUACCAGUGCCAGUGCCCGGAGCACUUCGACGGGCGCGACUGUGACAUCUACUCCCCCCCAUCUCCCCGGGUACCCAGAACAGACUGCCAGAUCCCACAGUGCGCCCACAAGGCUGGCGAUGACGUCUGCGACAUGCAGUGCAACACCCACGAGUGCGGCUGGGACAGCGGGGACUGCUCCCUGCACUUCCCCUCCCCCUGGAAGCUGUGCCCCCCCGAGCUGCGCUGCUGGGAGCUGUUCAACAACGACAUGUGUAACGAGCAGUGCAACACUGCAGAGUGCUUCUUCGACAGCUACGAGUGCCAGAGCAGAGGCAGGACCUGCAAGUAUCAGGAUUACUGCAUCAAUCACUACGCUGACAGGCACUGUGACCAGGGCUGCAACACAGAGGAAUGUGGCUGGGACGGACUGGACUGCUCGGAGGACGCGCCCCAGCGGCUGGAGGCCACACUGGUCAUUGUGGUGCUGCUGCAGCCGGAGGAGCUUCUGGAGGAGCUGCCCCACUUCCUGCACACGCUGGGCAUGCUGCUCCAUACAAACCUGCGUCUCAAGCUGGACCCCCAGCACAGGCCCAUGCUGUACCCCUACUACGGCAGGGAGGACGAGGAUCGCACCCACGACAUGAGCAGGGGCCGGCGCUCCCUGGAGCUGGAGAGGGAGGUCGUGGGUUCUAAGGUGUACCUGGAGAUUGAUAACCGCCAGUGUGUUCACAAUUCCAAUGACUGUUUUUCCACAACGGACCAGGCUGCUGCGUUCAUAGCUGCUCAGUCAGCCAAGGGCAGCCUCCCUCUCCCAGUCAUCUCCGUCUGGAGCCAGCCGGAGGAGGAUGACAUUCAGAAGCACCACCUGUACCUGCUGACCCUGGUGGGGGCUGUAAUCCUGGGGCUCCUGGUCCUGGGCGUGGUCGUGGUGAAGAGCAAGCGCAAGCAUGGCACGCUCUGGGUCCCUGAGGGGUUCCUGCCCAAGAAGGACCGCAAGCGCCGGGAGCCUGUGGGCCAGGAUGAUCUCGGAAUGAAGAACCUGGUGACACCACAAGAUGAAGAGAGCAUGAUGUAUGCCAAUCAGAACGAGCGCUGGCUUGAUGACCGGCCUGAAGCCAAAAAGAAAAAGACUGAGGACCAGGCCCUCCUCCCUGAAGGCGAGGGGACGGUCGACCGCCGGCAAUGGACGCUUCAGCACCUGGAGGCGGCCGAUAUCCGCAUGAACCCCUCGCUGGCACUGACUCCCCCGCAGGCCCAGCAGGAGCUGGACUGCAUGGACGUCAAUGUCAGGGGACCAGAUGGCUUCACCCCUUUGAUGCUGGCAUCCUUGCGAGUGGGUGGUCCCGAUGUGUCAGAGGAGGAGGAGGAGGAGGAGGACGACUCUGCUGCCAAUGUAAUCACAGACCUGAUCUGCCAGGGAGCCACCCUGGUGGCGCAGACGGACCGCACCGGCGAGACCGCGCUCCACCUGGCAGCCCGCUACGCUCGGGCCGACGCUGCCAAGCGCCUGCUGGACUCCGGAGCAGACGGCAAUGCCAAAGACAACACAGGCCGCUCGCCACUGCAUUGCGCUGUGGCAGCCGACGCACAAGGAGUCUUCCAGAUUCUCAUCCGUAAUCGAGCCACAGACCUGGAUGCCCGUAUGAACGAUGGCACCACCCCGCUGAUCCUUGCCGCUCGCCUCGCGGUGGAGGGCAUGGUGGAAGAGCUCAUCAACUGCCACGCUGAUGUCAACGCUGUGGAUGAUCACGGAAAGUCGUCUCUGCACUGGGCCGCAGCUGUCAACAAUGUCGAAGCCACGCUGGUGCUGCUGAAGAACGGAGCCAACCGCGACAUGCAGGACAACAAGGAGGAGACCCCUCUCUUUCUCGCCGCGCGGGAGGGCAGCUUCCAGGUAGCUCAAGUGCUGCUGGAUCACUUCUCCAACCGGGACAUCACAGACCACAUGGACCGGCUGCCCCGGGACAUUGCGCAGGAGCGCAUGCAUCACGACAUUGUGCAGCUGCUGGACGAGUACAACGUGGUGCGCAGUCCUCACGGGGCGGGGGGACACAUGGUGGGCGUCAUGUGUGGCCCCAACGGCUCCUUCCUCAGCCUGCGCCAAGCCCCUCAGGGGAAGAAGGCAAGACGCGUCAACACCAAGACCCCAGGCAGCAACCCCAACCUGGGCAAGGACCUGAAAGAAGUCAAGGGCCGUCGACGGAAGAAAUCUCUGGGAGAGAACAAGGGCCACCUGUCGGAGAGCUCGGUUACCCUGUCCCCCGUCGACUCCCUUGAAUCUCCCCACGCCUACAUCUCAGACAACAGCUCCCACUCACACCUGACAGCACCAGGGGCGCAGCAGCAUCCGCAGCACACCCUCUCCCUCGCUAGCAUGAGCCACGGCUCCAGCACCAUCCUGCCCCCUGUCAGCCACAUGCUGUCCCAGCACGGCCUGGGUAUAGGGAGGGCGGGCCAGCACAGCCCCUCAGAGUGGAUGGGGCUGCCCAGCUCGGGCUACGGCCACAUGUUCGGGGUCCUCCACCAUCACCAAGCCGCGGGCUGUCACCCCAGCAUGCACCAGCAGGGCAUGGUGGCGCCCAUGAACGUCACCAUGGCGAGGGAGCAGCUGCCGUCCGUAGUCUCCUUUCAAAUGAUGCCAAACUCAGCCAGCCAGCAGCUUGUGAAUCAGCAGCAGCAGCACAGACCCUCUCCACAUGCUCAAAACCACUGCGCACAGAACAUGGGCGGCUCCCUGUAUCAGGGCUCUGACAUGGGCCACCCCGCUGCCCAGAUGCCCAACAACCUGAUGCCCCAUCAAGAUGGCCAGAGGGCAGAAGCGCUCCCUCAAUACCAACCUCUUCAGAGCUCUGUGGAUAAAUACCCCACCCCCCCAUCGCAGCAUAGCUACCCCUCCACCUCGGAGAACACGCCCGGUCACGGCAAGCAGGGCCCAAGCGAGCACCCCUACCUCACCCCCUCGCCAGAUUCCCCAGACCAAUGGUCCAGCUCCUCCCCCCACUCUGCCUCCGACUGGUCCGACGUCACCACCAGCCCCACCUCCAUGAGCCAGCUGCAGCCCAGCGGCGCCCACAUUGCCGAGCAGCAGAGGAGCAGCAUGCAGGCGUUUGCAUGAAGGAGACUCACACUUUAUAAGCAAAUGAAGGCUGGGAGAGGAAGAAGAAGAAAUUAACAAAGAGAUCCAAAGGCUUGUGUGAAGCGAGCUGCAUCUGCUUCCAGACAUGCUCUCUAGUCUUAAUCAGCUGGUUUGAACUUCAGCGUGCGAGUUGCUUUUGUUUCUUCUGAAGGAUGUUUUCUGAUGUCAAAUUCACCGUCUGCAUUUCUCUUAUAAAUGGAACAGCUAGCUGGUAUUUUUUAUAACAUAUAGAUUUCAAGAUUGGGGAUGUUCUUAAUAAUAAUAAUAAUAAUAAUAAUAAUAAUAAUAAUAAUAAUAAUAAUAAUAAUAAUAAUAAUAAUAUCAGUGAGUAUUGCACUUGCUGUAUAACCAGCCCAUCAGCAGCAGUGUGUAUUAGAAAGGUUUAUCCUGGCUACACACCACAGGAACCAUUCUUGGUUCAUAUAGACUCCUUUGCAGCUAAAGAAUAAAAAGUUCUAUUUCAGCCUUAUCUAAAAUAAUAAUUUCUAAUUAACUUUUAAAAUGUGGCAAACGUAUGAUUGGUUUUGUAACCCCUGGAGACCACACUACAUUGACCCAGAGCACACAGUCCAGUCCCUCUCUGGAGGGAUUCCAGGCCAGGACAGCCAAGGGGGGCUCCUCCAAGGACACAGGACAGCCAAGGUGUUUCACACACAAGCUGUUUGUUUCCAGGAUUUCAGGGUGUGGUGGGGUGUGAUGAACAGUUGCUGGGAUGAAACAUGUUUCCUUCUUUGUUUUGUUGCCUUCAUGAAGAAACACAGUUAAAAUGUUGGAAGAGCCAAGUAAAUAAAAAAGACUCGAUCACAAGAACACAGACUUUGCAGAAACACUUUUAAGGGUUUCGUGUCUCUUGCUCUGGUACUUACGAUGGAAAUGUUUGCUAUAUUUUUCAUACAUGUUUUUCUAUAUUGUUUUCUUUCAAUGUAAAUGGUUCCAAAGUUUUAUUUUAGAUCAUUUAGAAUGAAACAAUGUCACUUUGAAUGAUUUGCACUGUGAUUAGUGUGAUAGCCCUUUUUAAGCUGUAUAAGAAGAAUCUUUUUCAUGCCAAAUCACUAGAACCCUUGCAUACUGAGGUGCAGGCAUGAGGCUUUCAAGAAAGAAAACUAAACACAAAGGUUCAAAUCACUUUAUUUAGCAGGUCUUUCAUUGCUGACAGCCAAAAUGCAAAUGAAAGUGCAGUACUGAAGUCACGUGACGCUGCAUCCCAUUGUCUCGGCAGUACUGAAGUCACGUGACGCUGCAUCCCACUGUCUCGGCAGUACUGAAGUCACGUGACGCUGCAUCCCACUGUCUCGGCAGUACUGAAGUCACGUGACGCUGCAUCCCAUUGUCUCGGCAGUACAGAAGUCACGGGACGCUGCAUCUCAUUGUCUCGGCAGUACUGAGGUCAUGUGACGCUGCAUCUCAUUGUCUCGGCAGUACCAGCAGUGAAGGAGGAGUCUUAGAAGACAUUUAGACAAUCAUUACUAUGCACUUAUUGUGUGCAAGUUGCAGGAACAGCAGUUCUGUCUUGUGUGUCCCUGUGCAUUGUUGCCAUUCCACAGGAAGUAGUAGCAAGAGUCCAGUGCCUGUACAGUCCCACUCAGCCCCUCGAGGAAGAACAAUGCGCCAAGCUGGCAGGGGCUUCUUCUGAAGGGUAUUCAUUCAUUCCUUGGUAUUGUUAGAAUCCAAAAAAUGCUUUGUUUGGAAUGCUGGUAUUGUAAUUAAAGUUUAAAAAUGAAACAGCUUUCACUGAAUCCAUACUUGGAAUGUUACUCCACAGAAAGGGUUUGAAUUGAAACGCUGAACUGGAACAUAUUACCAGUGACAUGCUUUUCAGUGAUUAGCUCAUUAAAAGGCAAAGCCAUGCGUCAAAUCUGUGGCCCACAUCACAAUGCAUGAGUUCAUGAAGAAGGGUUUAGACAAGAGUUUUUGACGAAUACAUGAAGUUUCAUUUUCACAAAAGUUCUUUUUUUUUGGUAUCCUUAAUAGCAGCUGCGCAUACAACACAGUUUAUUAUGUGAAUUGAAACCCUGAGCUCUUCGGGUUAUGUGUUAGGAUGGGUUGAAAUGGGGAUUACAGCUCAGCACUGCGGCGAGAGGCGCUGGAGACGCAGUGAUUUUCACAAGGACACUGAAAUCUCUUCCAAUGUGGGGGGGU